UUGGCGAUCUCUCUUUUCCCAAAGAUCUGUCGAUCUUUUCCCAAAGAGAACCUCUUUGAACCAGUCGAGAGAGGAACCAGUGGUAGCGUUUGAUCUGUCGAUGCGCUUUGGGUUCAACGAUUAGGCCAGGCGCGUCCUCCCAGGAGCUGCCUGAUCGGAGCGGUGGUGACGGCGUAGACAAUGUACAGCGGUUCCAGCGACGGCGAAGGCAGCGGCGGCCACGAGGCCGCGGCGGCGCCCAAGAAGAUCCCGUCCGCAUCCUCCAUGCCCUGGGUCCGUAAUCUGCGCCGGUUCGUCGGAUCCGGUGCCGGCCUUGGCUCGGAAGCUCUCAUGGAGCUUGAAACGAAAAGGAUUUUGCUCGAGAUUUUCAAAGAACGGCAACAGAAAAAUGCACAAGCAGGAUUGAUCCCUAGCUUCUACAAAAAGAAGCCUGAAGAAGGAUCAAUCAGUCAUAGGGUUCAAAGGUUGGCAAAGUACCGAUUCUUAAAGAAGCAGUCAGAACUUUUACUGAAUGCUGAUGACCUUGAUGCCAUGUGGGUUUGCCUAAGGGAAAAUUGUGUUAUUGAUGAUGCUACUGGAGCUGAAAAGAUGAACUAUGAAGAUUUCUGUCACAUCGCCUCUCUUUGCACAGAGCAAAUUGGUCCAAAAUGUCGACGAUUUUUUAGCCCUUCUAAUUUCAUGAAGUUUGAAAAGGAUGAAUCUGGAAGAAUAGCUAUCCUGCCUUUCUAUCUUUAUGUGAUGCGGACGGUUUCACUUACACAGGCAAGAAUCGAUAUGAGUGAGCUUGAUGAGGACUCCGAUGGUUUCCUUCAACCUCAUGAAAUGGAGGCCUAUAUAAGAGGCCUUAUUCCUAAUCUGGCACAGCUCCGUGACAUGCCUGCAGCCUUUGUUCAGAUGUAUUGUCGAAUAGCUGUACGCAAGUUCUUCUUCUUUUGUGAUCCUCAUAGGCGAGGAAAGGCUGACAUAAAGAAGGUUUUGCUGAGCAACUGUCUACAGGAGCUCAUGGAGCUGCACCAGGAAAGUGAAGAAGAAGUUACUGAUACUGAACAGGCAGAGAAUUGGUUCUCUUUAACUUCUGCACAGCGUAUAUGUGAUAUGUUUCUUGCUCUAGAUAAAGACAAGAAUGGAACAUUAAGCAAGCAAGAGCUCAAAGAAUAUGCAGAUGGGACACUGACUGAAAUCUUUAUUGAGAGAGUUUUUGAUGAGCAUGUACGUCGAAGUAAAACUGGCGGGGGUAAUUCUCGUGAGAUGGACUUCGAAAGCUUUCUGGAUUUUGUUCUGGCCCUGGAAAACAAAGACGCACCCGAAGGAUUGACGUACUUGUUCAGGUGUCUUGAUCUCCAGGGACGGGGCUAUCUUACAACAGCUGAUGUUCAUACCCUCUUCAGAGAUGUGCACCAGAAGUGGAUCGAGGGUGGGAACUAUGAGCUCUGUAUUGAAGAUGUAAGAGAUGAAAUCUGGGACAUGGUCAAACCCGUGGACCCUCUUAGGGUCACACUUGCUGAUCUUCUUGCCUGCAAGCAAGGUGGCACGGUCGCGAGCAUGCUCAUAGAUGUGCGUGGGUUCUGGGCGCACGACAACAGGGAGAAUCUAUUGCAGGAAGAGGAAGAACCAGAGGAAGAAUGAUUUGCUCGCCACAUAUCUGGUCUAGCCAUCUGAACUGAACCAGCUUGUAACAUCUGAAUUUAAUGAAUAGCCAAUCAUCAAUCAUACUCUCCUUUCAAAACUCUUCUUUUUGGUAUGGGAUUCUGACUUAAUGUUACCUCUGGGAGAAUUUGAGCUAAUGAGCCUGCAUAACAUCUCAAUUAUACUCUCUUUUCCAAAACCUCUCAAUGCUGAAACUGUGUGGGGUUAAAUA